AUGGCAUUGUGGGAAGGUGCUUUCACGGAUAUGGAUCCUAUCACCCUCAGCACCAUCAUCCAGAUUCAGCUCCAGGACAGCCAAGAGCUUGCAACCAAGACCAAGGGCAAGCAGCGUGAAGAUACUGUCAACGACGGAGAGCUAGCUUUUCAGAUGUAUGUAGAAGAGCUGACAAACAUCGGCUCGAUGCUGAGUGAUCGAAAGAUGGCUCAGAGCUUGACCACUGCAGUCUUGCUCGACGGCCACUUGAUCCAGCGAGAGCAUGAGCUGGAGGAUCAGGUACUCCGGGAUCGUCAAUUCGCUCGCAGCAUCCAAGGAGACGAGACACUGGUCAAUCCCAUCAGCAAGCCAAGGUAUCAGGAGGAGCACCAUGAGUGGGUCAACGACGAGUAUCUUCCGAAGCUCGCUCCGAUAUACAUGCGGGAGCCCGUUACGCCGUCUGGUACCACGCCACCUCCGCUGACCUUCGACUCCGAUUCUGAUGGCACGAUUGUAGAAUCUUCGCAAUGGGCAGCGACACGGGAGAAGAAACGGCAGCCGAAGAAAGGACAUUGCAUUGCUUGUGGAGAGGAUAUGGACUUCUUCGACGUAGCGCGUGUGCCAUGCGAUCAUGAGUACUGCAGACCCUGCAUUGGCCAACUCUUCGAGCUUUCCAUCACAGACGAAUCACUCUUUCCGCCACGUUGCGACGGCAAGGAGAUUCCUCUAGCGCAAGUCCGCCUCUGGUUACCAAGUGACCUUGCCAUGCGCUUUGAGAGCAAGUAUGCGGAACUCAGCACGAAGAACAGAACAUACUGCCACGAUCCUCGUUGCAACCAGUGGAUAGACCAGGCUUACGUUGACCAUGAUACUGAUGUCGGCACCUGCACUGCAUGUAAGAAGACGACUUGCAUAAUUUGUAAAGGCUUCUCACACACCGGAGACUGUCCGGACGACUCUGCAUUGCAACAGCUUGUCGACACAGCGAACAUGCACCAGUGGCAGCGCUGCUACCAGUUUGCCGAUGUGGUGCUCAUUUCUGCUACGUCUGCGGUGAGAGGUGGAAGACCUGUCGCUGCGACCAGUGGGAAGAGCGGCGCUUGUACGAUAGAGCGGCUCAGAUCGUCGAUCGUGACAACGCAAAUCCGAGACGACGUCUAUUUCAGCCCGAACGUGUUCCUCACGACCAGCCUAACCUCCGUUGCCUUUCGACGGCUUCAAGCGAGAGUACUGCUGCAGGGCCAGCCACACUUCGAGGGCGUGCACAUGAAGCGGUUAGUCGAGCGACUUCAGAGUGGGAAUCGGAUUUCACAGAUCAUUCAGAAUGGGAGGAGGACUGGUCAGAUCACGACCUACCUGUGCCCGCUCCCCGCACGCCUUCGGUUCCGUCGUCACUGCCGGCCGUUCAAACUACUGAUCCAGAAGCUACGAGACUCGCAAUGA